UUCAGACUUUGCUCCUGCUCAGUCUGCACGACAGGAAGUGAUGGCAUUUACUGUAAACAUGAAGGAGGUGUGGUAGUUCGGCUGGUGGGAAAAGGUACAACUGCUGUUGAGGAAUUUGAGCUGGCAUACAAGGUUCAUCCAACACACGGGUCAAAAUGAAGAGUCUGCUUGGGUAUUGCGUGCUCAUCUUGGCAUUUAUUUUGAGCUGCACGGAACAGGCUGAGAAUCACCAGGAACAACUUUCUUCUCAAGGAACAGACUGCACACAGAUUAAGGCUCUCUUGCCACAAGCAUCCAGCGGGGUUUAUGUAAUCCAGCCUCCCAGUGUCAGAAAACCAUUUAAGGUUUACUGUGAGAUGCGGCAAGAUGGUGGCUGGACGGUGUUCCAGAAGCGCAGUGGAGGAGCGGUUUCCUUCAACAGGAAAUGGAAAGCAUAUAAAAAGGGUUUUGGAAACUUGAACCAGGACCACUGGCUCGGCCUGAAGAACGUCUUCUCUCUGACAAAGAACAAGACCAGGAAGUGGACCAUGAGGGUCGACCUGUGGGACCACAAAGAUGUCAAUGCUUUCGCCGAGUACAGGAACUUCAGAUUGGGCAAUGCAAAAUCAGCUUUCAAACUGCAUGUCGGGAAAUACAGCGGAAAUGCAGGUGAUGCCAUCCGCGGUGCCUAUCCAGGCAUUGACCAGAAUGGCUUCGGCUUCAGCACCGUCGACCGCGACAGUGAUGGCUGCUCGCCAUGCAUCUUUGGAGACAUUGCUCAAAUGGAUUGCACCUCUUCAGACGGUGGCGGCUGGUGGUACAGCAGCUGCGGAUCUGCCAGUCUGCACGGCGACUGGCAUCCAGCUGGUAAUCACAUCGGUUGGGGGUCAGGCCUCCACUGGCAUACUUGGAAAUCUCCAGCACCUUACUCCGUGAAGGCCACCAGAAUGAUGAUCAAGUCUGAGUGAGAGGACCCAACCCCCAUUUAACUUCAUACUGUUUUUUCUCGUAGCACAGUGAGUGGUCUUACAUUUUAGCACUUAUUCUAAAAGGACGUAUUAUUUUUUUUAAAUGCAAAUCAGUUUGGGUUUUUAGAUACUGGUCGUACUACUCAUUUCACACUUCUGGGGUGUUUCUGCCUAUGGAGAUUAAUUAUCCUUAAUGCUUUCCUAAUUUCUUGACAUCAACACCUCAGUAAAAGGAAUUGUUGAGAGGAAGAAGGUGGUCUGUGAGGUCUUCAUUGAGGUAUUCCUUUAAAAAUAUUUCAAAAACAUUCAAAAUAAGAAUAAUGGAUGCCCAUAAUUGAAUUUACAGGCAUCCCUAAAAUUCUUGCAUUCUUACAAUUGGUUAUUACGUACAUCAACUAAACUUCUGAAGUUUGAACAAACAUAUAAACACCAUGGAAGCCAGUUAAAGCUAUCGUUGGUAACUUUAAUUAAAAUAACUUUUUUUUUUAUCAUAUUUGCUCAAACUGUCACUAUCUCUCUGCUACCUUUUAGUGCUCCUAAUGGCAUUUGCAAGAUUCCACCGUGCCCAAAGAAAAAUAUGACAAAAAGUUAUUUUUAUUAAAGUUACCUACUGUAGCUUUAAUGAUGGAUGCAAGAGCUAAAUCAUAUUUUUUACUUUGUUAUUUUUGAUGUUUGCUUAGGAUUUUGACUGAUUUUAUGAAUGAAAGUCUAUAUAGAGCACAGUUUGCAAAGUCUAAGUCCAAUUAUUUCAUUAUGAAACAACUGAAUAUAAAUAAAUUUCAUUAAAUGGUUUUGUUUGCAGAA